GCCACGUGGUGCUCUCCCCGGUCUGGUUCAUCUACAACCUGCUCAUGAAGCUGUUCCAGCGCUCCACCCCGGCCAUCACCCUAGAGAGCCCGGACAUCAAGUACCCGCUGCGGCUGGUCGACAAGGAGAACAUCAGCCAUGACACCCGACGGUUCCGCUUUGCCCUGCCGUCACCCCAGCACAUCCUGGGUCUGCCCAUCGGCCAGCACAUCUACCUCUCGGCUCGGAUUGAUGGCAGCCUAGUUGUCCGGCCCUACACGCCUGUCUCCAGCGACAAUGACAAGGGCUUUGUGGACCUGGUCAUCAAGGUUUACUUCAAAGACACCCACCCCAAGUUUCCCGCCGGAGGGAAGAUGUCCCAGUACCUGGAAAGCAUGAAGAUCGGGGACACCAUUGAGUUCCGGGGUCCCAACGGGCUGCUGGUCUACCAGGGCAAAGGGAAGUUUGCCAUCCGUCCAGAUAAGAAAUCCAGCCCUGUUAUCAAGACAGUGAAGUCUGUGGGCAUGAUUGCAGGAGGGACAGGCAUCACCCCCAUGCUGCAGGUGAUCCGGGCCAUCAUGAAAGACCCCGAGGACCACACCGUGUGCCACCUGCUCUUUGCCAACCAGACGGAGCAGGACAUCCUGCUGCGGCCCGAGCUGGAGGAGCUGAGGAACGAGCAUUCUGCCCGCUUCAAGCUCUGGUACACGGUGGACCGCGCCCCAGAAGCCUGGGACUACAGCCAAGGCUUCGUGAACCAGGAGAUGAUCCGAGACCAUCUCCCACCACCAGAGGAGGAGCCCCUGGUGCUGAUGUGUGGCCCCCCACCCAUGAUCCAGUACGCCUGCCUGCCCAACCUGGACCGCGUGGGCCACGCCAAGGAGCGCUGCUUCUCUUUCUGAGAGGGAGUGCCCACCUGCCCACCGACCUGCCCAUGCGCACACCCUGCAACUGUCCUCACCCACCUCCUUGCCAUCAUUCCUUAACAUCCCCCACCACAUCCAUACUGGGGCCUGGGUCCAGCCUGGUCUGGGGACUCCCCCUGGGAGCAGGGCCCCAGUUUAGGUGGGUGUCCCUAUAGCCCUUCCUCACCCAUACCCAAACCGACAGACACUACAGGGCUGAGGCUGCCUCCACCAGCUCCCCCACGCCCGGCAGAGGACCAGGGUCUGGAGAGAAAGACAGUGAACAGGCAGCACAGGCCUGCAGUGCCAGAGGCCACCCUGGUAACAUCGUGGUGACCCUGGCCUGCCACCCAAGGGCAGAUCACACAGUAUGCCCAGUAAGCAUGGGCUUCACUGUGCUUCCUCAGCUGUAGUGAAUAAUUGCACCACCACCUUUUAGACAUGGUGAAAUCAUGACAGCUUAGUAUGUAAGCACAAGUAAGCCCAUGCUUACUGGACUUAGCAACCUGUUGGUGACAAGUUGCACUGUCCCUGCUGCCACCCAACUGCCAGCCUCAGUGCCCGGGAGCCCUUCAAAGGGCUAGGCUGCUGGGACAGCGAGGCAGUCCCUGGCUAGGGCUGGAGCAGGAAGUGAGUGGUGGUCGGUGCACCCACACUUGGUGCCUUGGGGGUUCCCAGCUGGAUUGCCUCCAGCACUUGGGUCCAGAGCCAGGGGCACCUGCCAGUUGUGGAAACCAGAUGUUUAUUUCAUCCUGUGCCCCAAGCCCUGCCCCGCCCUCUCCCCAGCCUGGGGGUCUGAGCAGUGCCUCGCACCCCAGAGACAUGCAAAUCCUGGGGUGGCCCUGACGUUGCCUUCAGACAGCAGCUGUUAGCCUCUCGCACACUGGCUUUCUCAGUCAUUUAUGAGCAGAAAAAAAUGAAGUAAAACUUUGCUACUGGUAA